AGCUCCCUGCCUUCGCACCGGAGGUAACCGGCACCUCCCCAUCCGGUGCAAAGGGCCGGGAGGGGGUGGGGAGCCGGGGCACCCCACACCCUGUGCCGAACCCCACCGCCGCUUACCUCACCAGGGAGACGAGAAGAGAGAGGGACCCGUGCCCCCCUGCCCCAUGUACCGGCUGCUGCUGGCUGGCGACGGGGGCACGGGGAAGUCCAGCUUCCUGCUGCGCCUCUGCACCAAUGAGUUCAGGGGAGACAUCUCCAGCACCCUCGGGGUGGAUUUCCAGAUAAAGCAGCUGCUGGUGGACGGAGAGCAAACCACAUUGCAGAUCUGGGACACGGCCGGGCAGGAGAGGUACCGGAGUAUCACCCACUCCUAUUUCCGCAAAGCCCACGGCGUGCUGCUCCUCUACGACAUCAGCUCCCCAAGCAGCUUCCUCAGCGUCCGCCAGUGGAUCGAGGACAUCAAGGUAGCGGGAAGGGCCACCGCGAGGCCCCUGCCACUGAUCCUGGUGGGCAACAAGACAGACCUGCGGGCCGGGCUGCCGCUGGCGGCGGGGGUCAGCAGCACCCAGGGGCAGCAGCUGGCCAUGGCCCACGGCUCUCUGUUCUGCGAGACCAGCGCCAAGGAUGGCACCAACGUGGUGGAGGCCGUGCUGCACCUGGCCCGGGAAGUGAAGAGGACUGUGGGCCAGAGUGAAGACCACAGCACCAGACUGGACCUCAGCAUCCCCCCGAGGGCAGCUCCACGCUGCUGCUGGACCUAGAGCAGGAUCUGGCUGUCUCCUGGUUUCAUGUUCCCUUGAGGAACAAUUCCCAGUGCCCCAGAGGUGCUGUGGAGCAGACAGCUCAUCCCACUCCAGCUUGUCUCCCUGGCUGCAGGAGCAGCCCAGCUGCUGUCUCCCCAACCCCAGCUCCCUCCCACCCUCAC